UAAUGGAGUUGCUCAACUUAAAGAAUUGUCCAUGAAGGCAUUGUAACGCUGGACUUGCUAGCUAGAUGUGUUCUUGGUUAACGCAAGUAGGAAUCAUGGAAACAAGCCAGCAAUAAAAGCUAGCAUAAUGUUACUUUGUCAAACGUUCAGUGCCUCUGCUGCUGCUGCCAUGGAAGACUCGUUAGCCUAAAACUGUCAUGCGUGGGUCCUAGCUGGCUAGCCAGCAUAUGUAGUCGAGCUCGUUCCGAAAUGAAGUUUAACCGUGAGGCGCUUUCCAGACUGAACAGAGGCCAUAACGUAGACUGAAAGAAUGAAGUUUAUGAGUUCAAGGGGUGCCUUCACCGUGGGCUUCCUGGUAGGGACGUGCACGCUCUACGUGUUCCUUCAACAGGUGUGGUUUGAGCGCAAGGCAUCCGUACGACAGCCAGAGGACCGAAACUGGCUGAAAAAUCGGUCGGCACUUUUCAACCUCAAUCACCCCCAUCAUACAGGAGAGGAUGGGGCAGUAGCCAACUCUAUGUAUAAAAAUGUGCGUGUUCUGUGUUGGGUGAUGACUGGUCCUGCUAACCUGCAGACGAAGGCACGGCAUGUAAAGAACACGUGGAGCCGCCACUGUAACAUCCUUCUCUUCAUGAGCUCGGUGGAUGACCCAGACUUACCCGCCGUGGGUUUGGGCACCAAGGAAGGCCGCGACCAGCUCUACUGGAAGACCAUCCGCGCCUUCCACUACGUGCUGGAGAAGCACGGCAACGAGGCAGAUUGGUUCUAUAAAGCCGACGAUGACACCUACGUCGUUGUGGACAACUUGCGCUGGGUACUAGCCAACCACUCGCCCGACGAGCCCAUUUACUUCGGCCGCCGGUUCAAGCCUUACGUGAAGCAGGGCUACAUGAGCGGCGGGGCCGGCUACGUGCUAAGCAGGGAGGCCUUGCGUCGCUUCGUCGAGGGCUUCCGCACCAAAGUCUGCACGCACACCUCGUCCGUGGAGGACCUGGCCAUGGGGCAGUGCAUGGAGAAGGUGGGGGUGCAGGCAGGGGAUUCCAGAGACACGCUGCACAGAGAGACUUUCCACCCGUUUGUCCCCGACCAGCACCUCACGGGGAAGUUCCCCAAGAGCUUCUGGUACUGGAACUACUGCUACUAUCCAAUUGUGGAGGGAGCACAGUGUUGCUCAGAUCUGGCCGUUUCCUUCCACUAUGUGGAUGGCUCUACGAUGUACCUUUUGGAAUAUUACACCUAUCAUCUCCGGGCAUAUGGCUACCGUUACCGCUACCUGCCCCCACCCCCCAAAGAGUUCUCCCCCGCCCCAGCAGAUGCAUACCAAAAAACCUCACUCCUCAAUGCUGCUGUGGCUGGGAAACUCUAGAUUUGCCUUAAGGAGGUUCACAACAAACACAAGCUGUUCUUUGUAUUUUGUAAUUAAGUAACAGACUGUAGGCCAAAUGUCAGCCAUCUGAUAACUCUUCCAGUACAUUUUAUCUUUUAUUUACCAGAAUCACUGGAAUAUGACGGCAGAGACUGUGUGGUUUGGCGUUUGGUAAUAAUCAUGUGUGGGAUCGAUCUAUUUUUUGAUGGGUUUGGGUUUAGUUACACAUUAAAAAUGAUAUUCAUACCGAUUGAUCAUGAAUGUGACUUGGGUUGAUGGGAAUUGGGCUGAACCUUUGGCUGAGGUAUAAGAUUAAAGCUCAGAGAGCUGCACAUGCAUCUGUUCAGCAUGAAUCCUACCCAUUUCAGCAUCAAGAGAAGAGGUCUAAUUGUGUCUUAACUUGUGUAUAGCAUUGUAUCGGUGCUCUUUGCAAGUCUUCUACGGGAAUAAAAGGGAUUGACAAACAGAUAAUGACUGUUUUACAAGUUUUUAUGUCAUUUUAAUUUUUACAAUUAAAUCAAUUCAAAUCCCC